AAAUCAAGCAAAGUAUAAAGGAGUUGUACACCAGUCUAGUAAGUUGCGGUAAUGCAACAUAUUGGAUGCCAAUCGCCGUUAAACCUCAUCGAAGAAGAAGUUUACCAUUGAUAUAUCGAUACUCGACUGGUCUGAUCUGUGUGUGAUGACGGCAUAGCAUACAUUGGAACCAAGCAAAGAAUGAUCAGCUAACCCGAACUAGAUCAGUCUUCCAACAUAGUGGGAAUUUCUACAUUCAAUCUCCAAAAUACAGCUUAAAACUGAUCUCAGAACAACGUUAUCGAAGGAACAUCAAGCGAAAGUCACGAGGUGUACUUCUUGUUCAGGUUGGACAGAGACGCGCUGGCCUGUUAUCUAGCUAGCUAGCCUUUCUACUGUACGUGGUCAUCUAACUGAACUAUAUCAGUCUUGACAUUGACUUCAUUGCUGUUGUUGCCACGUGAGCAGGACAAUAUGAGUGGAGAGAGGGAAACAUUGAUGGAUGAAAUGGAACAGAGUUUAUACACUUUAACCAACGACAAUUUACGCUGCCUGUGCGAACGCAGUGGAAUAGGUGGCAAGGAUGGCUCUGAUGUUCAAGGAAAGAAUCACCAUCACUCAUUGUGCCGUAAAAUCCUGGAGGAACUUCGGGAAAAUGCAGAUUCAAUGGAAUCGGAGGAGCAGGGAAUGUCUUGGUUACUCCAACUGAAAGAGGACAUCAGGAAGAUACAGGAGGAGGGUAUCGGUGCACCUUUGAGUCCCAGCAAAUCCAUUGAUGAUGACGCUGUAGACUGUGAUGAAGACGAGAACCAGAAGGACAUGGAUUGGUUACCUAGCAAAAGGCUGGAGGGGGAACCCAUGACUCACAACCAAUCCUUUGAUGACGACGUUGCAGACUGCGAUGAAGAAUGGGAUGAGGAGGACAGGGAUUUGUUGCCUAGCAAAGGGCUGGAGGCGGAAUCAGCUCCAGAGAGACACACACCAGAACAGAAGGAGAAGAGAGUGAGUGGGUCCCCCUCUCUGUCCUCUCCUGGUAAUGCCUUACUGCUGGGUCUGAAGAGAGUGAGUGGGGCCCCCUCUCUGUCCUCUCCUGGUAAUGCCUUACUGCUGGGUCUGAAGAGGGUGAGUGGGUCCCCCUCUCUGUCCUCUCCUGGUAAUGCCUUACUGCUGGGUCUGAAGAGAGUGAGUGGGGCCCCCUCUCUGUCCUCUCCUGGUAAUGCCUUACUGCAGGGUCUGAAGAGGGUGUCUGUGCGGCUGGUCGACUGCAGGAAAACAUCAGGGUUGAGAGGAACUGCUGGAGGAGGAGACAAGGAGGAGGAAGGAGAUGAGGAGGAGGAAGGAGACGUGAUUCAUCAAAGAAAAAGACGUGGCUAUUGUGGAUCCUCUGGGGAACCCCAAGAACAACAUCAUCAUGAUGCUGAUGACCCAGACUGGAGUCUCACCGAAUCAGAACACGCCAACAAACAACCGCAGAGACUUACAGGGAAGAAACAUCACUACUGCUGCACUCAGUGUGGGAAGAUUUUAGCUGGUUCAGCGCAACUUAAAAUGCACCAGAGAAUCCAUACAGGAGAGAAACCUUACCGCUGCUCACAGUGUGGAAAAAGUUUCAGUCUAAAAGGUAAUCUUAAAAUGCACCAGAAAACACAUACAGGUGAAAAAAUUCACCACUGCUCUGACUGCGGGAAAAGUUUUGCACAAAACUCCACUUUAAAAGCACACAAGCAAACACACAAGCCUGCCGUAGAAAGGUCUUACCAAUGUUCCUUCUGCGAGAAGACAUUUUGUAUUUUGGCAACCUUUAAUUUCCAUAUGAAAAUGCACACCGAAGAGAAACCGUUCCAAUGUUCUGACUGCGGAAUGCGGUUCAUUCAUUUCAGUUUACUGAAAGCACAUGAACAUAAACACAAGCCCUCCGCCGAAAGGCCCUUCCGCUGCUCUGAAUGCGGGGCGUGUUUUACUACAAAAGGUAAUCUUAAAUUUCACCAGCUGACGCACAACCGGGGAGAGAGACCUUACCGCUGCUCUGAGUGUGGGAAUUGUUUCUCUCAUCCGGUGUAUCUGAAGAAUCACCAGAAAAGGCACAGUAAAGAGAAGUCUAUUGUCUGCGACCUGUGUGGAAAGACCUUCAACCAUCCUGACGACUUCAGAAUUCACAUGAAGAUACACCGAGGAGUGAAACCGUACCACUGCUCCGACUGCGGCAGCAGCUUCAUAUUCCGACGCCGUUUAAUAACACACCAGCGUGUGCAUACUGGAGAGAUGCCUUAUGUCUGCAAUCACUGUGGGAGGAGGUUUUCGCUGUCUCGUACUCUGGUGAAUCACCAGCGAACUCACACUGGGGAGAAACCUUACCACUGUUCUUUCUGCGGGAAGAGCUUCAGUCGGUCACAAAACCUGGCUGCACACAAGAGAACUCAUACUGGAGAGAAGCCUCAUGCUUGUGAUCAGUGUGGGAAGAGGUUUUCCCGAACCGACGCAUUGGCUGUACACAAACGCACUCACACUGGAGAGAAGCCUUACAGCUGUGAUAUAUGCGGGGAGAGGUUCACGUAUUUAGUAGCCAUGUUGAAACAUAAGAAAGGACAUGGACAUCCUGCCGAUGCACUCUAUGCUGAACAGCCUUAGAAUGAUCGAAGCUCUAUGAAGAGACUUUAUUGUCCAUUGUUUAACUUUUAGACUCAAGGGAUUUGUCUUUUUGCUUAUAAUCUACCUCUAGAGAGAGAAAGGGACAUAAGCACACAUGUUGCCAGGUAGCCUAGCGGUUAGAGCUUAGGGCCUGUAACCGAAAAGUCACUUGUUCUAAUCCUCGAGCCGACGAGGCAAAAAAAAUUGUUGCUGUGCCAUUGAGCAAGGCACCUAACCCUAAUUGCUCCUGGGUUGCCGUUGAUAAUGGCUGACCCUGACCCCGACUCCACUCUCCGAUGGCGUCUCAGGGGGAGUUGGGAUAUGCAAAAAACAAAUGACCACAUUUGUAUAUAAGACACACUUGUACAUGUGUGAAAUAAGGACAAUAUAAACAUCAAAUUAUUAUUAUUAUUAUUGUUGUUGUUGUUGCAGACACACACACAUGGGUUGGGAGCAGAGGGUCCGUAGCUUUCUACUUAAGGUUACGUUUGCUUAGCCCCGUCCCACAGCUGCCAUUGGACUGAAACACAAAGCCAGGAUUGUGGCUUUAAACUGCCUGAAAUUACAGGGUUGUGUACAUACAUUCAGUAUCUGACAGGGAGACCUAACCUCUGCUCUCCUAUUCCUGUGGUGGAGUUUCCCAUAGCUACAGAUCUAUAUAGGAUCAGCUUCUUCUCCACAAAUCCUAGCCUUAAAGCCCCUGUCAGUCUUUGUAAUUUUACACUAUGAGGUCGAAAUAACACUCUGAAAUUGUGAAAAUUAUUAUAAUGCCCAUUUUGUGUGAGUGCAUUUAAUUUAUUUAUCAAAAUGUGUUUUUGGGCAGAAAUGCCUUCUGGAACAUGUGAACUUUCAUGUGCCUUAAUAACAAACUUGUAUUCCAUUCAUAAAUAUGAAUCAAAUUGUUAAAUUACGAGCCUAGUUGGUUUAACCACGGAAAAAGUCAGGAACCUUCCCGCUAGCCAUGAUUGGCUGAGAUAAUGGAUGGGCUGGACAUGCCGGGAGAUGAGUGUGGAUUGGUCUGCCAUGAAGCAUGCUUCUGUCUAUAACAUGAACUGCUCAGUAUGUGUUGAUAGUCCUUUCUACCGUGCCGUUUUUGAAAGAUAUAACGUUAGCCAUCGAGGACUACAAAUGUUUUGCUACUUUUCUCAAACGAACAUUAAUGCCCUGAAUUUAGCAGGCGCUAUCGACAAAUCAGUUGGAAAAAGUGAUGGGCUACUUUCUGCACACGCCACGGUCAGAGCGAACCAGAGGGACUUGACAACGCUGGCCAAACAAGAAGUAUUUACAAAUAAAAGGGAGUGAAAUGGUUCCAGUCUGCUGUGAAGCGUUCAUCUAAGAGUCUCGCUCAAUUUUCAGAUACAAGUUUCUAAUUUGGUCAGAAAGUCGCUUUAUUGCGUACCGUUAGUUAGUUAGCGAACGACAGCUUGCUGGCUCUCUAGCUAACGUUACGUGUAUGAUCUGUGUAGUCACAUUAUUCUAAUCAGAAAACCAUUUUCAUUGCUAGGUAUAGCCUAAUGUUAGCUAACGAACGAUAGCUUGCUGGCUCUCUAGCUAGCUACGUGUAUGAUCUGUGUAGUCACAUUAUUCGAAUCAGAAAACCAUUUUCAUUGCUAGGUAUAGCCUAAUGUUAGCUAGCGAACGAUAGCUUGCUGGCUCUCUAGCUAACGUUACGUGUAUGAUCUGUGUAGUCACAUUAUUCGAAUCAGAAAACCAUUUGCAUUGCUAGGUAUAGCCUAAUGUUAGCUAGCGAACGAUAGCUUGCUGGCUCUCUAGCUAACGUUACGUGUAUGAUCUGUGUAGUCACAUUAUUCGAAUCAGAAAAACAUUUUCAUUGCUAGGUAUAGCCUAAUGUUAGCUAGCGAACGAUAGCUUGCUGGCUCUCUAGCUAACGCUACGUGUAUGAUCUGUGUAGUCACAUUAUUCGAAUCAGAAAACCAUUUUCAUUGCUAGGUAUAGCCUAAUGUUAGCUAGCGAACAUUGAACCUAGUUUGUUAGCUUUAGCUACCUGCCGAUUCAUACCACAGCUAGAUACAUGUCUGAACAAAAGACUCCACUUCAGCAGGAUUAUUUACCGACCCCCAGGUGUGUCUGGGGGUGAUUAUGGCCAUUUAUUGUAUUUCAUAAACAUGUGUACAUGUCUAGACAAAAGUGACCCAUCCACUUAGCCAGGUGUGUCUGGGGGUGAUUAUGGCCUUCUAUUGUAUUUCAUAAACAUGUGUACAUGUCUAGACAAAAGUGACCCAUCCACUUAGCUAGAUGUGGCUGAGGAGUGGUUUAGCAUUUCUUUCACAUGACCCAUCAAUUUAGAUAAAUGUGUCGGGUAAGCGUCAUCUAACAAUUACAAAAUAUUUAAAAUAUUUUUUUAUCUGGACACUUCCUGUUGCAAGUAACCGUUUCACUGUACCGUUUACACCUGCUGUAUGCUAUGCACGCGCGACAAAUAAACUUGAUAUAGCGUGUGUUUAGGACAUGGCCCACCCAUCCUUUAUAAAGAGCACACAGUGCCACCUACAGGACAGAAACUGAUUAACUGACAAAAUCAUUUCCAACGCACUCCCCUCGUUAUAUACAGUUAUUUAAAAAAAUAUGCAUAUAUAUUAAAACAUCUUGCAUAUCUUAAUUUAUUUCCACAAUGAACUAAUAAUAUGCACAAUAAAGUUGGCAGUUCAUACGAAGGAUUGUAACCUAUAA